AUGAUUGAUGAUAUUCUACAGUAUAGCGAUGAUGAUCUGGUAGUGAAGCCUGGCAUAACUCCAUGUGCAUCAACACCUAUUGAGUCUCCACCUUCCAAGACAUUACCUGGUGAUGCGACACCCACUGAACCAUCUGAACCGUCUGUUCCUUCAAGGCCAUUGUUUCCAAGUCGGCCAAACAUCUCACCGAAACCAGCUCCAUAUAACCUCCCUUCUCCCUAUGGAAACACACCGUUCUCUGGUCGAAACAUUGACCAUAUUGGGCUUCUGUUCUCGGAACAUCUGUCCCAGGAGAAUAUCGUGUACACUGUCACCAAGGACGCCUACCACCAGCCAACUAGAGUGGUGUUUGUAGGAAACCUCAGAAAACCUAUGGACGCAAUGAAAUUCCAAGACCAUUUGAGAGUGGUGGUUAGGAAAGUCCAUCCAAUGUACAGAGUAAUUCGUGUGUGGAUGAAUCGAUCCAGAACACAUGCGUUGGUGCUCACAGGAAGUGUAGAUGCAGCCCGAGCACUUCGAGCAAAGUUGAAUGGAUCAAAGUAUCCAGAUGAUGCUGAAAGACAAUACCUUGUACGGUUAGCAUCUGGUAUGGGGGAUUCUGCUUUCCCAGACAAGGACAUGCGAAGCCUAAACCACCACGACUUGUUUGUGGAUUACUUGCACUUUCGUCAGAUGAGCGAAUGGAUCUUUGAAGAAGACUAUGGGCCCCGAAACGCCGUGUGGCGGGUGGACUACCGAAAACAGGGCGAAUAUGGCGAAGUAGCAGCUGAGCACACAUUAUUGGAGGGUGACUUUCGGCCUGUCUAUGGGCCUAGAGAGGUCUCGGAACCAUGGACGACUUAUUUUCCUGCUGGAUCAAAUUCUGGCCGUAGAUCAUAUCUGAGGACUUGUCGUCCAGAAAGAGAGCCGGAAAAUAGAAGGGUGAAGAGAAGGUAG